AUGUCCUACGCAUACCUCUUCAAGUAUAUCAUUAUUGGCGACACAGGGGUGGGUAAAUCUUGCUUGCUGCUUCAGUUCACAGACAAGCGUUUCCAGCCUGUGCAUGACCUCACCAUUGGGGUGGAAUUUGGGGCACGUAUGAUCACCAUUGAGGACAAACAAAUCAAGCUUCAAAUAUGGGAUACAGCAGGGCAAGAGGCUUUUCGAUCCAUCACUCGAUCUUACUAUCGGGGUGCAGCUGGUGCGCUCUUGGUAUAUGACAUUACACGACGUGAUACAUUCAACCAUUUGACCCAGUGGCUGGAUGAUGCUCGACAGCACUCCAACUCCAACAUGGUCAUCAUGCUCAUCGGAAACAAGAGCGACCUGGAGAGUCGGCGUGAUGUGAAGAAGGAAGAGGGAGAGGCAUUUGCCCGGGAGCAUGGCUUGAUUUUCAUGGAGACCUCUGCGAAGACGGCUGCCAAUGUGGAAGAGGCUUUCAUCAGCACAGCCAAGGAAAUCUACAUGAAGCUGCAGGAGGGAGUGUUUGACCCCAACAAUGAAGCAAAUGGCAUAAAAUUGGGACCUCAGCACACUCAAGGUGGCACCAACAUGACAGGUUCAGGAGCAACCACCCCAUACAGCAGCUCAGGAUGCUGCUAA